AUAGAAAUGAUUUCGUAAGUCUAAGUCAUCGGUCACACCUGCCACUUUCUCUCAGCGACUGAGCUGAGUAUAUGGCCAACGAAGAAAGUAGUGUACUCUAAGCCUGCUUAAGAAAAUAAUUGAAAUUUUCUCAGAAGCAAUUCAACUGGGAAUUUCCCUAACUUUUCUGGAUUAAUAUGCUAAACUGGUAUCUGGAUUUUCCGUGCCUCCAUGUUACAUCACUCAUAAUUAGACUUGUUGAAUGCAAGCGACUUCAAAACAGACAAAUUUUGGUCUUGCAAGAAACAUAAUUGCUUUGAGUGCCAACCUUAUUGUGAAGACUUGUUCUUGUUAAUUUUCACAGAGAUUUUAAUAUGGCCGUGGCCUUGAAACAGGUGUUCAAUAAAGAUAAGACUUUUCGUCCAAAACGUAAAUUUGAGCCAGGCACGCAGAGGUUUGAAUUGCACAAAAGGGCACAAGCAUCGCUGAAUGCUGGACUAGAUCUGAAAUUGGCAGUGCAACUCCCUUCAAAUGAGGAUCUCAAUGACUGGGUUGCUGUACACGUGGUAGAUUUUUUCAACCGUAUUAAUCUCAUUUAUGGAACUGUAUCAGAAUUCUGCACAAAUGACACAUGCCCAAUAAUGUCAGGAGGACCUCGAUAUGAAUACAGAUGGCAAGAUGAGAAUAAAUACAAAAAGCCUACUGCACUGUCAGCACCACAAUAUAUGAAUCUCCUUAUGGAUUGGAUUGAAACCCAAGUGAACAAUGAAAGCAUAUUUCCAACCAAUGUUGGUACCCCCUUUCCUAAGAAUUUUCUGCAAGCUUGCAAGAAGAUCCUUUCUCGCCUUUUCCGUGUUUUUGUCCACGUCUACAUCCACCACUUUGACCGGAUUGGCUUUAUGGGUGCAGAAGCGCAUGUUAAUACUUGUUACAAGCAUUUUUACUACUUUGUUACAGAAUUCCAUCUAAUAGACAACAAAGAAUUAGUACCACUGAAGGAGAUGACUAUGCAAAUGUGCCAUUGAGAAAGGAUCUGCUGACCAGUUAUUGAAGAAACUGUUUCAUUCACUUAUUGAAAUGGAUUUUCUUACACAAAAGAAAUCCACUUGAAAGAAAACUCUCUCCUGUGUCAAAUAAUUAUUUACUGAUGUUUAAAUGUGAAAGAUACAAAUUCCUAACAUGGAAUUUUCUACAUCAAUAGAAAACUGUAAUGUUUGCAGAAAAUUCUAUAAGGUGAAGCAGCUACCUGGAGCAGUUAAUUGCUUAAAUUUUAUAACUACUCUAAGUUGCUUGAUAUUGUAGUUGUAUUGAUGCACAAAAUGAAGAGAAAAUUAUAGCUUUUCUAUUUUAAUUAUUCUGCUGGAUAUAAAGAUUUAUUAAUUUUUUUGUAGUUAUUUGCGAGUGAAGCGAAUUUGAAUGUAUGAGAAAUGAUGAGGCACUAUUGAAACGAGAUAAUGCAAGUCUUUUUUCAUGCCUUUUAGAAAUGAAUAUUUCAAUUUAUUUACUUGCACAAUUCAUGUGCUGAUGUAAUGAAAGGGUCUGGCUGGUGCCAGAAAACCUUUGGCAGAAGCAAUUUGCAAUAUUCCAUGCAGAUUUCACUUCUCUGAAUAUCCUAAACAAUUGGUUUAAUCAGGACUCCCAAAAGUUCUUUAUAAAAGAAUUGACCUGUGAUGGUACAAUCUCAUAGUACGAUCAGCAAUGCUGGCUCGCAGACAAGAAAAUCUGUAAAUGUAUGGUACGUCGAAUAUCACCGAACAAGAAAAUUGCUUGUUUUUUUUAAAAAAUCUAUUUAAAAAUGAAUGAUAUACUUUUUUAAACUAGUAUUUCUUGUUUAAAGCUUGACUGUUCAUAAAUACUAGAAUACAAUACAGUUUUCCUAGUUUCUGGGGGCACCUGUGGUGUAAAGAAAUUCUCUUUAAAUUGUUAUAUUUUAUAUCUUAUAUUUUAUCUAUUUGGCUUCAUACAUUUCAUGAUGUGAUUAAAUCUCUUACAGUCUGAAUUAUUUGAAUAGUUUUCUUUGCACUUAAUUCUAAGAGAUUUUGCUUUCAGAUUAAUGUCAUAUUGUUGAAACAUUUGCAUUUUAAAUUUUUCUUUCUCAAAUUCUAACUGUUGUAUGUUCUUUCCGGUGAUUUUUACCGUGAGCUCAAAGGAAUGCAUUGUUUUUGUGGGAAUGAGCGCACAACAGAAUAUUAAUCAUAACAUAGGUUAGAUUACGUUAGAACCUCUGGAUUUCAUAAGCUGUUAUGUUUGUAAAAUAUGUAGGAAAUAGAAUUUAGGAGCAGGAGUAUGCUAACUGUUCAUUGUGUUAAUUACCAGGGAUCAGUUCCAAUGAAUGUUGCUCAUUCCAAACCAAGCUGUAAGAAAAUGUUUUAUUAAUUCAGAGGAAUGCAAUAACUGCUGUGAUUCAAGACAUUUCUGCUUUAUUGUCCCUUUAGAACAAUUCUCAAUGUGGUUCCAGCAGCCACCCGUCUCUUGGGAUAAAUUUUUAUGCAGCCCCUCGUAUUGGGCACAGUAAACCCACUGCUUGUCUUAUGACAUGA